AUGACUGAGGGCAGUACAAGUUCAACCAUGACCCAGGGCAGUACAAGUACAGCCAUGACUCGAGGGCAGUACAAGUACAACAUGACUGAGGCAGUACAAGUCAACAUGACCCGGGGCAGUACAAGUACAAACCAUGCUGAGGGCAGUACAGAUGCCGAGUUCAACCCAAACUUCCGGCGAGAGAAGAGGAAGGCGGAGGAGGAGUCUCUGGAUAACACAGACAUCAAAAAGGCAAAGCUCGAGACGAAGGCGCUCAAGGCUAAGAGACCAGGCUUCUCCGAGGAGCGAUACAACGAAACUUCUUACUACAUAGAAAAUGGUCUAAGGAAGGUCUACCCUUACUACUUCACAUUCACAACUUUCACCAAGGGUCGCUGGGUAGGAGAGAAGAUCCUUGAUGUAUUUGCCAAGGAGUUUCGUGCCCACCCUGCCGAGGAGUAUGAACGGUGCAUCAAGAGUGGGACGUUAACGGUCAACUAUGAGAAGGUUGACACAGACUACAGACUUAAACACAAUGACCUGCUCGCUAACAUUGUCCACAGGCACGAGGUACCGGUGACGGCCGAGCAGAUCCCCAUCGUCCACGUGGAUGAGGACUUGGUAGUGGUGGACAAGCCUGCCUCCAUUCCUGUGCACCCGUGCGGCCGCUACCGACACAACACGGUUGUCUUCAUCCUGGCCAAGGAGUACAAUCUCAAGAACCUCAGAACCAUCCACCGCCUUGAUAGACUCACGAGCGGCCUAUUGCUGUUCGGACGGACACCCAAAAAGGCCCGUGAGAUGGAACAACAGAUUCGCACACGACAGGUGACAAAAGAAUAUGUCUGCCGUGUGGAAGGAGAAUUUCCAAGGGAACAUGUUGAAUGCAAUGAACCCAUAGAAGUGGUGAGCUACAAAAUUGGUGUAUGCAAAGUUUCCCCCACUGGGAAGGAUUGCCGCACAGAGUUCCAACGCCUCUCCUUUAAUGGCAAGACAUCAGUAGUGCUGUGCCGCCCCCACACCGGCCGUAUGCACCAGAUUCGUGUCCACCUUCAAUACUUGGGUUACCCAAUUGUCAACGACCCUUUGUACAACCACACAGUAUUUGGGCCCAAUAAAGCAAAGGGUGGCAUAAUUGGUAAGACUGAUGAACAGCUGAUUCAAGACCUUAUCAAGAUUCACAAUGCUGAAAACUGGCUAGGAAUGGACGGUGAUGCUGAAUAUUCCAUGUUCAAGGGACGCGAGAAGACAGACAACGAAGAGGAAGUAGGAUCACAGCGUAAUACUCCGAGCCCUAAAGAGAAAUCCCCAGUGUCCAACAACUCUCCCCGUGUAACUUCCCCCCCAGCCCUCAUCGCUCCUACUGGUUACCAGUCACCAAAGGCCAUUGGUCUCUCAGCGGUGGAGAUGCAGCCAUCAAUGGUUGGGGCAGAAGCUGCACCUCCAAAGACACUCAAUGGAUGUAACAAUGGACUACCAGGAAAUGAAUUAGGAAGCAUUGUUGUAUCAUCAGCAACUCAGACAAGUGAUGGCACUAAGGAGUACGGUUACCAGGCAUGCCUCAUGACAAUUGAUGAGCACUGUUAUGAAUGCAAAGUGAGGUACCGUGACCCCAAGCCACGGGACCUGGUGAUGUACCUUCAUGCUCUUAAAUAUGCUGGUCCUGGAUGGCAGUUUGAGACCAAGUUGCCUGACUGGGCUCAUGAAGAAUGGGGCAAUCCAGAAGAAGAACAAUAAACACUCAAGAAUGGAGCUGUGGAAGAAUGUACGAAGAUAGAAUCAAGGGAUUAAGGAAGCAUAUUAGAGUGAUACAAGAAACUCUUUGAAUGGAUGUUUUGCAGAGGACCACUUUCACAAGAAAAAUCUAUGAAGACUUUAAAUUUCAAAAAAGGUGCUAUUAUGACAGGAUCAUAAGUGAACACUUAAGCAUUUGAGGAAAUCUGUCUACCUUUAUGUUAGUUCCAUUUUCUUGUAAUCGAUACAUUCACUGCACAAGGAGGAAAUAUGGAUGAGAUUUAUCUCAGUCACAGAGUUGCAUAAGUGUUCAUACACUGUAGAUAGUGGUGGAUAAUAAUAGUAAAUGAAAAGGCAAGUUUUAAAAUGACAAGAUAUAGUUGAUGAGUUGCAGUUUUAAACUGGAAACUGUAUUAUCUAUGAAAGAUUUCUUGUUUUCCAACUCUUGAUCAUAAAGGGAAGAAAAACUUGACAUAGCCACUUCCAGAUUGUAAGUGAUGCUGUGAAAAAUGUUUCUUUGAUGGCAAAUCUGCUACCUAGUAUAUAUUAAGUUUAAGCACUGUAAUUUCCUGUAUUGAAUGGAAUUAGUUAUAGAUUUAUUUAUUGAAAAUUCUUUCAUCAUAACAUAAUACAUUAUAGUUGAAUUUGGGAAAGCCAUGUAGAGAUACAGAAAUAUAAUUUGCUUGAUGUUUUUAAGAUUAAGUAUUGUAUCUUGAUGGCUUGCUCCAAGGUUGUCCUCACCACUCAGUGUUAAAAUGUUAGCCCCAUAUUUCAUGAAAUGAAUCAUGUAGCAACUGACAUAAAAAACUACUAUGGUGCAAUGAAAUGAACUCUUAUGCUUUUGUGUAAAAUUAAUAUUUAUAGUGACUGAGAGGCAAGGAAUAAUACAUGUUUAGUUAUAAGGCCAUUGCAUUAGAAAAGUGCUAAACAUUUUAUACAAUUACAUACUUAGUUGUGUUGAAUUCAAGGACUGCAGUCAGUGUGCUGCUGGAUGCUAAGUUUGUAGGAUGUAGAGUAAUGUUAGGUGUUGCUGUGUGCAGUGUUGUAGUUGUGAGGCCUUUUAUAUGAGAGUGCUGGCCAUACGUCCCUCAGGUUCUCGGUGCCAUAGAGCAGGUUCUAUGUGCUCUCAACACAUCACUGAGCAACACCAUCACUACAAGGGCUGACUACACUUGGUAUCUACAGUUGCAAAGCUAGACUUUGCCUCAUACACUGGCUGCUGGUGAUUGUCAUGUGCCGUCUGACUCCCUGCAAGCAGGGUCAUAGUGAACUAGUUGAGUUUCCAUGCUUGGCACUUUGUUAAGAGCACGUGUUAUGAAAAAAAACAUUUAGCAUUGCAUUUGCAUUUAAUUUUUGAUGAAUUUGACAUUUUUUAAGACGUUAUCAGUCACAAGACUGUAAUUAGUAAUAUAGAGGAUGGUGAAAUUAAGAAUUUGAAAAUUAAAUAAAAGAAUAUUCAUAAUUAGUAAAUCAUGCACAGGUUCUUAUGCCUCCUAUUCUUAGUUGAGUCAUAGAAGUCUGUUGUACAAAUUGUUUUAACUUAGGUUAAGGUGAUAUGGAAUGUAUAUUGCAUCUUUAAUGUAAAUACAAGUGAUCUUGUAUAUUCGCCAUAAACCUGUAGAUAUUUGUUGAGCGGGUAGAUGACCAUUUCUUCUAUAAUAUUCAGUCUUCUGUUAGAGCUAUAGCAGAGUCAUUAAAUCUGCAUUUUAGAGGAUACUUCUGCUUUUAAAAUGCUGCAGUACUCUUAGAUACUGAUAGUUGUGUGUAUUGAUUUUAAUUUUUUUUAUUAUAUUGUUUUUACUUGCACAACAUUGUAUUAUUCAGCAGAUAUUGCUGCCUGACUUUCAAUAAUUAUUUAUAAAUAAAGUAUCACGAAACAACUCACCCACAAAAGUGUUGCAAUGUGACGCAGAAUCCUGUCACAACACAAAUGGUUCAUUCCCAUUUCAUGUAACCUCCAUAUGUUAAGAAGAUGGUUGGAGGAUGUGCAUUACUUAUGCAUCUCAGCGCAAUUUAUGCGAAGACAGAUACAUGCAAGGGCAAAUUGAAGGGCUCUAAAGACAGGAAAGAAUUUCCACUUACUGUGAUGCUCCGUGUCAGUUCAGUACAACAAUUUUUAUUUUAAACUUUUGACAAUGUACAGGUAUGAUGAAUGUAUUGUACAAUGUGGUAUGAUAAAGGCAUAGUAAUUGUGUAAAUUUAUCAAAAAAUGCAGUUGCUGUAGAAAGUUUAUGGCGCGCUGGAAGACAAAUCGUAUACCUUGUGAAGAAGCUUUCCUGUCUGGUUAGUGUUAAGGAUUGUUACUUCUGAUAUAUAAAGGAACGAGCCUCCCUACCAUGUAUCUGUUAGCUAGCUUCAUGAUGCCAGAGCUCAAUGCCAUAUGAACUGGCCAGGAAUUGGCCAUUAAUAUUAAGUUGGUAUGCCUGCUCCGAAAUAUGCCUUCCCAACUUUUCUACUGGUUUCUGAGCCUUAUACUGAGAAUAUUCUUGGUAACAAGCUCUUUCUCGAACUGUGCCUUAGAUCAUUGUAAUUAUGAGGCCGAGUACUUUGCUGUAGCUUGCCCCAGCAUCUGCAACUCACAAGAUGUGUAACACUAACUUAGCAUGGAGACUUUCAUAUUAUCUACAAGCUAUGGAUAUUGUCAGAUGACUGUGGAAGCAACUAUAGCAGAGUGGCUCUGGUACACUCAGCCUUGGGUAGACACAUCAGAAGGGUAUAAUAAUAAUUAUAAUAAUAUUGAUAGAAUUGUUGCCUUCAUUUUAUACAUGAUAGAGCACCCGGUCACUCAUUUAUGACCGUUAGUUUGUUUCGGCCCACCUGCAAAUUAGACAAAUAUCAUGUAAUGAGGACCUUGACUGAUAUUUCGAUGAGGAUUAUUUUGCUAUGUUUCACAAUGAAAAUUAGUCUUAUUAAAUGUAUGUCAAAACAUAAUUGCCUGUAUAGAAUAUAAAAUUUUUGGCAUAGUAACAAACUUUCAGGUGCUGUGGUAUCAGGAAGAAAUACAAUCCAAUACUGUAGUAGCAAUAAUGUGAUUAGAUGGAUUUUUCUCGCGAAAAAUAUUAAACUAGUGUUUUGAUCGAGUCAGAGGAGCCAGGUAGAGUAUAUUAAUAAUGUGUAAAUAACCACAUGCUUUAGGAACUAUUUUAGCAUUUAUUUACAAGUACUGUACCGUACUGUAUUACUCAAUGUACGUAGGAAAAUCUCUGGAUAAGCAUCUCCCGCCAUAAUACACACGACUGUAUAGCUUUGACUUAAGUCCCUACCUCGAUAUCCUAGACAUAUAAUUCCUAGCUUUUAAGGCGUUUAGAAACUUUUGUUUGUAGAUUUAAUAUAAUUUUAAUGAUAAUGGGAGAAGGGACAAGCACAUUAAGCUAAUGAUAGUCUGUUACCAUUGUUACAUACAUUAAGAAAAUUGCUUCAAAAUUCUUUGUUACAUCUUUAUUGUUCUACACAAAGUAUGGAACCUAAGCAUGAGAACUGUACGGCUGAAGAUCAAGUUAACCAUCAGUGAUCGUCCUACCUACAUUACCAGUAUUCUUGGUCUUUAUCAGCUGUUUUGAGAGUAGAUACUUUUUCCAUACUGCUUCUCUAUGCUAGUAGAGCAACUUAUAUCAUAGGAGCAGUUUGGAAACACCUUUAAUCUCAAAGUUAGCGAUAAGGCCUUCUUAAAUAAACUCGUACACUUCCAUGCGUUGUUGUAAGACCUUGGUAAAAACAAAUAGUCACAUCCAGAGUAGACACCGUAGAGGGGGCAGGUCUUACCAUAGAGAACUAGCUGUUCACAGGCAAACUGGCACAAGUAAUAAAAAGCCUUUUUACUAAGAUAUCAUUAGCUCUCUUGAUGCAUAUCAGGUUAGAAGGAAAUAGUUUAGUAUUGUAUUAGAAAUUUUUUGAUGGAAUGAAGUGCCUAUUUUCCUGUGAAAUAAUUUAUCUUCUCUGUAACAAGUAAGUCCAAAUAAUGCUUCUUUCACUUUAUACUCCUCCUAAUGUUGCAUUAAAAUUCUCUAGUAGGUUGACCCAUCAGCCCCCACCCUACGUAGGGGAGCCAUGGAUGUGAAGUUGUUUCCUCUGAACGGCAACAUUCCCAUUGGACCAGCUCAGGAAGUUAUCCCCUUCACUGACGCUUGCCCAAUCCUUCCCUAAUAACCACAAGUUUCCUCUUUCUCUUUUGACGAUUCACAUGUAAAUUCCUCAUUUGUGCAAUUACUGGAAGAAUCAUUAACUUUUGGAAAAUUAAAUAGAGGUAGGCUUCUUAGAAAACAGGCAAGUUGAAUAUAAUAGGUUAAGCAACCUUACUAUAUUCAAAGUGAAGUAACAUCACAGGUAAUUUUAUAUAUAUAUAUAUAUAUAUUU